GCAUUGGGCCACGAAGUGACGGUGAGUUGACGCUUUUGAAAAUUCAUGUUGUCUCAAAGAGGGUACCACGUGAUUGAUAAAUCAGUUGUUUGAGAGAACUUUUGAGUAAAAGGCAUUUUGAUUAUUAUUAAAAAAAAUAGCAUAAUAUCAGUUUUAAAACCCAAUAUCCAAUCAUUUUCGUAGACACAAAAAGAAUUAGACAGUGUCACAUGUAAUGUAAUUUUUACUAUUAUUUUUUUCAUUUCAUAGAAGUAUUUUUAAUAUUGAUGUUAUGUUGGCGGAAGUAGACAUCCGUCCAUGUAGACGGGACAGCUUCAGGUUCGUUUGACAAUGAAAACCUACAUACUGCUCCUUGUUGUGAUGUUAUUUCUACAAUCUUAUGGUUUUCUAUCAGACAAUGAAGACUUUACGUUUGACAAAUCGAGCUCGGGUUCUGGUUGCUGCGAGAUUACCAUUGCAUCGGGACUUUGUGACUGUGCCGUCUUACACGACUGCCUGGAGACCUGUCCCCGAUCACAGUGUGAGUACAUUCUCGGGGACUGCUUCACGCGACUCGAAGAAACCAGAAAUUGUGAUGGAUUUGUUUCAGAUGAUGAGGAAUAUAUGUUUGAUGGAUCGGGCUCUGGCUCCGGCUGCUUUGACAUAACCACUGUAUCUGGGCUCUGUGACUGUGCCGUCUUACACGACUGCCUGGAGACCUGUCCCCGAUCACAGUGUGAGUACAUUCUCGGGGACUGCUUCACGCGACUCGAAGAAACCGGAAAAUGUGACGGUCAAAACAACACCACGAACAUCGUGAAUAGAUCAACCAUAGACGGUUCUGAAACAACGUGGGUAGUUGCUGGAAGCGCUGUGUCUGUCAUACUUGUCACGGCAGCUGUGGCCAUGCUUGCUCUGAGGAAGAAAACAUGCUGUUGUAGAAGAAAAGGGAACAGCUGUAUCCCACAGACCAUCGUUCACCAGCAGCCCAACACACUCUACCAGGCAGACUUUGAUGGAUACAGCACUAUCCAUAUAGAGACCAUGGCUUGCAACGGUCAACAAAACGGUAGUAAAAUAAAGAAGGAGACCCAACCCAUGAUUACAUCUCCAAACCAAAAGUUAGUCAGACAAGUUAGCAACAGCUCGAAUGAUUAUCAACUAAUGCCAGAUAUGUUUAUCAAUGACGUUAAAGAACCUACAGGACAUCACAUAGUUACAGUGAAAGAAGAAGCAGACGACAAUCACAGAAAUACCACCUACCAAACCGUGACUGAUUUACCGGUACACUAUAGUAACCAUUACCAAGCGAUUAACGAACCUCCGUCAUCAGAAAAGAACGAAGCUGAAACUUACUAUCAGCCAAUGGCGGCCACCAAUGAUCGUACCUCUCAAUACUAUACGUUUAUGGGAGAUACUUCCGGUGUACAGGCUGAUGACGAGUACACUGAGAUGAAGGACGCGCAUGACCAGAAGUGUGACGUUUACGACAAUAGCACAACCAGUGAGAACGUCUAUUACGGAAAUGACGUGGGUGACGUAUAUUCAAACGAGCCAAUCAAAGAAAACCUGAUUCCAAAGUGUUCAAACGUCCGUAAUCUUAGGGAGGACGAGAUAUACGAAAAGAUAGAGUGUUAGACACUAAUUUGCGAAGCUCAAAGGAUAUUUCCUGAUGUAUCAAAGUCGAUUUUUUUCCAUUUUUUUUUUGAAUUUUUGAACGGGUACGUGUAAGGGGUUUAUUUCUGCUUUUUUAACAUGCAUUAAUAGAGUAAAUCAAACGGGUUGAUUUUCUAAAAGUAGUAAGCUACAACAUGCAAAGGUUUCGACUGUUUUCAGUGAUCAUAUUAAAACAUUUUUCCUUGAA